AAUCAUUGAUACAUCUCAGAAUCAAUAAACAAAAUAUCGCUCUAACAACCAGUAUCAAUAAUCAAUCAAAUGACCGCGUUCUUCUAUUACACCUUCCUCUCUGUUCUUUUCCUUCUAACUCUGAAUUUCUUGUUCCCAACAAGAAGAUUCAGGAACCUUCCUCCAGGUCCAUCAUGUCUUCCCAUAAUCGGCAACCUCCACCAACUUAAACACCCACUCCACCGCACCUUCCAACGCCUAUCACAAAAACAUGGCCAAGUCUUUUCUCUGUGGUUUGGCUCCCGUUUCGUGGUUGUCGUUUCAUCACCUUCCGUAGUCCAAGAAUGUUUCACCCAAAACGACACCAUCCUAGCAAACCGGCCACCGUUUCUCACCGGCAAGCACAUCGGCUACAACUUCACCGCCGUGACGGUGGCCCCUUACGGCGACCACUGGCGCAACCUCCGCCGCAUCAUCUCCCUCGAGGUCCUCUCGACGCACCGUAUCAACUCCUUCUUGGGAAUAAGAAUGGACGAGAUCAUGAAGAUAGUGCAAAAGCUAGCUCGUGAUUCGACCAGGGACUUUGCUAAGGUGGAACUGAAGUCAUUGUUUUCAGAGAUGACGUUUAACAUCAUAAUGAGAAUGAUCUCAGGAAAGAGAUACUAUGGAGAGGAUUGUGAUGUGACCGAUGUUGAAGAAGCGAGGAAAUUCAGAGAGCUCAUGAAAGAGCUUAUAUCAUUUGGAGGGACAAGCAACCCUGCAGAAUUCGUGGGUGUUCUUAGGUUGUUCGAUUUUGAUAAUUUGGAGAAAAGGCUAAAGAGUAUUAGUAGUAGAAAUGACGCUUUCUUACAAGGACUACUUGAUGAGCAUCGCAGUGGGAAGCAGAGUGCUAAUACUAUGAUAGAUCAUCUCUUAAGUCUGCAACAAUCACAGCCUGAAUAUUAUACAGAUCAAAUCAUCAAAGGGAUUAUUCUGGUUAUGCUCCUCGGAGGAACAGAGACUUCAGCGACAACUUUAGAAUGGGCAAUGUCUGCUUUACUAAAUCAUCCAGAAGUGUUGAAGAAGGCAAUGGAUGAAAUAGAUACUCACACAGGACAAGAUCGCCUAUUAGAUGAGUCAGACAUUUCGAAAAUUCCCUACCUUCAAAAUAUUAUCUAUGAGACAUUUCGGUUGCAUCCUGCAUUCCCAUUAUUGGCACCUCAUUUUUCUUCAAAAGAUUGCACCAUAGGAGGAUAUAAUGUCCCAAAAGGCACUAUUUUGUUGGUUAAUGCUUGGGCCAUUCAUAGAGAUUCUCAGCUAUGGAGUGACCCUAUACAAUUUAAGCCUGAGAGAUUUGAGAAAGAAGGGGAAGCAGAUAAGUUAAUUCCAUUUGGGUUGGGAAGAAGGGCUUGUCCUGGAGCAGGAUUGGGGCAGCGUACCGUAGGUUUAACUUUGGGGUUAUUGAUUCAAUGUUUUCAGUGGAAACGAGUAAGUGAGAAAGAAAUUGAUAUGACUGAAGGAAAAGGGGCCACAACGCCGAAACUGAUUCCCUUAGAGGCCAUGUGUAAAGCACGUCCAACUAUCAUCAACAAGGUUUUUCAGACAGCCGGUGAAAACAUGUAGGUGAAAUUAUCGUUUUCUAGCAGUUAUAUGAUCUAGGUAUAAUAAAAUGUACACAAUGCACUGUUUUUCGUGUACUCAAACACCAUAUGUGUGGUUAAAUAAGCAUAUUAAGUUGGCAACCAGAGCUGUUUUAUGGGCUGCUAAGCGGGGUGGGUUAAAUGGGACAUAGGUGGGGUGUGUCAAUGCGCAGGCCAACCUGUAUGUAAUUUAAGCUUGAUUUUGAAUUUAAAUGUUAGUAUU